AUGCGGAAACAAAAACAAAAUUAGUUAGAUGAGAUCGAAUUAAAAUUUAACGUAGAAUGGGUUAGGAAUCUAAAUGAAAUGUAAGCAUGGGUAGCAAAUAUGAAAGUUAUAAGUACUUAUGAUGAGAGUGAAAAAGAAUUCACUGCAUUAUUGGUUUAUGUUAUUACUUAAGAUGGUAUUAUAUUAAGUGAUAUUUAGGGGAGUUUCUUAAAUUGAUGUAUGACAUUCCACCAUAUUUCUAUGUUGAGUGCAAUUAAGAAUAUAUUUAAGAAUUAGCAAUGCAUUUAGAAAAUAAAUAUGAAAAAUAAAUACUUAAAGUUGAUAUUAUUGAUAGAGUUGAUUUGGAGAAACCAGAUCAUUUGAGUGGAAAAAAAGAUAAAUUUAUUAAAUUACAAUUUCGAUUAAUACAAGACUUGGUCUAAGUUAGAAAUUAAUUAAAAGCUAGAUGUGAUAGAAACUAAAGGAAAUUCACUGAAAAUGAAAUGCUUAUAACAAAACCUUCGGUUACAAAAGAUUUGUUAGAUUAACUUAUAGGAGUUAGAGAAUAUGAUGUACCAUAUCAUUGUAGAGUAUGCAUUGAUACUGGUUUAAGAUGUUGUAAAUGGUUUAGAUUUACAUUAAAAGAAAGAAGAAUUAUUAAAUGUUUAGAAAUCAAAGAAAUUAUUGGUAUGCCAGAAUUAAGAUAUCUUGCUUUUGAUAUUGAAACAUAUAAAUAACCACUUAAAUUUCCAGAUUCUAAAAAUGAUCCUAUUAUGAUGAUCUCAAUCACUCAUAGUCAAAAUAGUAUACUAAUUACAAAUAUGCAAAAAUUAGGCUAAGAAGUCUAACCUUUUGAUUAUGCUCCAAAGCCUGAAUUUUCUACAAAUGUAAUUAUUUACAAUGAAUCUGAUGAAAAAGCACUUCUUCUUAGAUUUUUUAAGGUUAUUUUAGAUUAUAAACCUCUUAUUAUAUCAUCAUUUAAUGGAGAUCGUUUUGAUUGGCCUUUUAUAGAUGAUAGAUGUUUAGUUCAUGGAUUCUAUUUAGGUGAAGAAAUAGGAAUCAGAAGAAAUGAAGAUAGCAAUGAAUAUUAUGGUAGAUAUAUUAUUCAUAUGGAUUGUUUUGCAUGGGUAGAAAGAGAUGCAUAUCUCCCUUAAGGAAGUCAUGGUUUAAAAGCAGUAACCAGAGCUAAAUUAGGAUAUUAACCUAUUGAAGUAGAUCCAGAAAAAAUGGUACCCAUGGCACUUUAGGAUAGUUAAUAAUUUGCAGGUUAUUCUAUUUCUGAUUCAGUUGCAACUUAUUGGCUAUAUAAAAAGCAUAUUCAUGAUUUCAUUUUAGCACUUUGUACAAUAAUUCCAUUGUCACCUGAUGAAGUUUUAAGAAAAGGUUCAGGUACUUUAUGUGAGUGUUUAUUAAUGGCUUAAGCAUUUUAAAGAGAGAUAAUAUUUCCGAAUAAAACAAUUAGUUAAUAAGAAGGAUUUUGGAAUGGUCAUUUAAUAGAUUCUGAAACUUACAUAGGUGGUAAAGUGGAAUGUUUAAGAAGUGGAAUAUAUAGAAGUGAUAUUGAUGUAGAUUUUGUAAUAGAUAAAGAAUGCAUGUAAUCAAUGUGGAGUGGUGUGGAGAGUUUGAUUAGAUUUGUAGGAAAGAUAGAGAAUGAGAGUUUUGGUGAGGAGGAGAUAGAAAAAUGUAGUGAAAAAAUAAGAUAGAGUUUAGAUGUAUUGAUAGGAAGAGGAGAGACAUUCAAAGAGAAACCAUUGAUAUACCAUUUAGAUGUUGCUGCUAUGUAUCCAAAUAUUAUAUUGACAAAUCGAUUAUAACCAGUAUCAAUAGUAUAAGAGAAGACAUGUUCACAAUGUUGUUUUAAUCAACCAUAAAAUAAAUGUUAAAGAGCAUUAGAGUGGUAAUGGAAAGGGGAAGUAUUUCCAUUGAAUAGAAAUGAAUAUGAAUUUGUAAUUCAAUAAUUGGAAUAAGAACAUAAUGAGAAAGGAAGGAAAGAAUUAGAGGAGUAGAAGAAAUUAAUAUCAAUAGAGGGGGGAGAUAAAAAGAGAUUAUAAUUGAAAGGGUUAAAUGAUUUGCCAGUAGAUUAAUAUAUAAAGACUGUAAAGGAGAGAGUGAAAUUGUAUUGUUAAAAGUCAUAUAAAUCAACUCGUUAGCAUUAAGUACAAUUAAGAAAAGAUACAGUUUGUAUGAGAGAGAAUGAUUUUUAUGUAUAAACAGUAAGAGAUUUUAGAGAUAGAAGAUAUGAAUUUAAAGAAUUAGUAAAGGUGUAUAAGAGUAAAUUAGAAUAGGCAAAGAAAGAAGGAGUUGGAAUAAAGGAAUGUCAUGAUUUGAUGGCAUUAUAUGAAUCAUUAUAAUUAGCACAUAAGAUUAUUUUAAAUUCAUUUUAUGGUUAUGUUAUGAGAAAAGGUGCACGUUGGUAUUCAAUGCCUAUGGCUGGUAUAGUAACUCAUAUGGGUUCAUAGAUUAUAUCUACAGCAAAACAGAGAGUUGAUUAAAUAGGAUUACCAUUAGAAUUAGAUACAGAUGGUAUUUGGUGUUUAUUACCAGCAGGUUUUCCUGAAGAUUUUGUUAUUAAAUGUUAAAGUGGUAGAAAUUUAAAAUUCAGUUAUCCAUGUUAAAUUUUAAAUGAAUUAGUCUAUGAAAAAUAUAAGAAUAAAUAGUAUUAAUGGUUAAAAGAUCCAGAAACUUUAGAGUAUGGAAUAAGAAAUGAGAUGUCUAUCUUUUUUGAAGUUGAUGGACCAUAUAGAUGUAUGAUAAUACCUGCUGCUAGAGAAGAAAAUAAACAACUUAAAAAAAGAUAUGUUGUUUAUAAUAAAAAUGGAUCUAUUGCUGAAAUCAAAGGUUUUGAAAUUAAAAGGAGAGGAGAAUUAUAAAUCAUCAAAUUGUUCUAAUAAAAUUUGUUUUCAGAAUUUCUUAAAGGUUCUAAUCUAACUGAAUGUUAUUAAGCUUGUGCUGAAGUAGGCAAAAAAUUGUUAAAAAUACUUCUUACAGGAGGAGAAGGAAUUUCAUAAUAAGAACUAUUAGAGUUAAUUGGAGAAAGCAGAGUACUUUCUAAAGAAAUAUCAGAAUAUGAUAAAUAAAAAGGAGUAGCUAUUACUGCUGGCAAAAGAAUAGCAGAGUAUUUAGGAUCUGAUUAAAUGAAAGGAGGAAGUUUAAAUUGUUAAUAUAUCAUAACUAAAUUACCUCAUAAUACUCCUGUUAAUGAAAGAUCUAUUCCUUUACUUAUUUUUGAAUCUUCUCAAGAAAUUAGAAAAAAAUACUUAAGAAAAUGGCUCAAAGAACCGUAAUUAUAAGAUGAUGAUUUAACUUUAUCUAAAAUUGUUGAUUGGAAUUACUAUAUUGAAAGACUUAAAAAUACUAUAUUAAAAUUAUUAGUCAUACCAGCUGCUCUCUAAAAUAUUGAAAACCCUAUUCCUGAAGUAGAUCCACCUGAAUGGUUAUUAAAAAAACUUAGAGAAAAAGCCUCAGGACUAUAAUAAACUAAAAUUAAUAAAUAUUUUACAUAAAUUAAUAAAUUAGCUCAUCAAUUAGCAUAAUUUAGAUUCUAACCCAUGGAAAUAGAAGAUAAUAAAUUAAUCUCUGGAAAAAAAAAAACAUAAAUAAAUAAUGAUGAAAAUUAAAAACAAUUACAUAAUCAAUAUAAUAUGGAAACUGAUUUUAAAAAUUUUCUCAAAUUUCAAAAAUAAAUUUGGACCAAAGAAUUUAGAAAUAAACAAUAAAAUAAAAAUAGUACCAAUAUGGGUAAUUUAAAGAACAUGAUCAAAUUUAAUAAAUAACAACUCUUACAUUCAGUUUGGUAAAUUUUAUAAUUUUAUGAAAUUGAACCAGGUCUCUUCUUGACUUGGAUUUUGUUAGAAAAUGGUACCUCAACAAGUGUGUAAAUACAAGUUGAUAGAAUAAUUUAUACAAAUCAAUACACUAAAGAGCCUGAUAAAUAAACUGUUAAGAAAACUUUGCCAAGAGAUAAAAAAGUUCAUUUUCUCUAUUAGAUUGAUUUGAAUGAAUCUGAAUUUCAAACGAAAUACAAUUAAUUGUUUCAAUAUGAAUCCAAUCCAAAUACAGAAAGUCUAUAUGAACAUAAGAUUCCAUUAAUCUUUAAAUUAGUUACAGAAUUAGGUGCUAUGUGUAAAGUUAAUAGAUAAUAUGUUCAAAAAUAAAAAAACAUUUUUUAAUUUAAAGAUUUACAAAUAGUUUACGAACAAUCUUGUUAAUAAUAAUAUUUAGAUAAACUUUUUAAUUCCUUAUAUCAAUCAUCAUAUAUCAUUCUUCAUUUAUAAUUGUAGGAUAAUUGUGGUGUUUGGUCAAUUUUCAAUAAUGAUGAAGUCUUAAUAAUUAUUGUAAGGAAAUCUGAAGAAAAAGUGAAUCGUUCAGAUUUAAAUCAAUAUAUGAAAUCUGUUUAAGAAUAAUUUGAAUUUAAAAAGAAAUAGUUAAGCAAAUUCUUUGAUGUAUCACUCCUUGAGAAAAAUAAAAUCACAGUUCAAUCAAUGUAUUUAUUAAAUUCAAUUAUUUAGGAAAGAUGACAAAUUAGCCAUUGAUUACAUUUCCAAUAAUUUUGAAACUAGAGGUUAAGGAGCAAAGUUAUGUAUCUUAUAAAGUAAUAAGGAACUUGCAUAUUUGUAGAGUUAAGGAUUAUAAUUUUUAUGUUUGAAAGUAAGAUGCUUGAUUAAUAUUAGAUUCCUACAUUUUGUAUUCCAAAUCUUCAUAGAGAAUCAAGAAAAGAAUUUUAAUGGGAUUUUAAUAUAGUAAAAUAUCAAUUGGAAGAUUAUUUUAGAAUGAGAGAGGUUGUAGGUUAAUAUUUAAAACAUUGUAAAUAUGUAAAAGUUCCAUUAUGCAAUCUUACAUCAUCAAAUUUAGGUAAGACAGAUGUUUUUAAGAAUAAUAUUGAGAAAUUAAACUAUACAACAGAUAUAUUAUUUUAACGAGUUCUAAGAUAAAAAACAUAUUGUUUAUCUUGGUAUGGAAGUGGUUUAGGGAAAGAUAAUAGAGAUCUGUUUCCAACAGAAUUUACAAAGACAUAUUUUGAUAAUCCUGGAAUAUAUAUUGGUUAUACUUGUGAAAUUGAUAUUCUUCAUUUUUCAAUAAAUACAAUAGCAUAAUCUGAAGAGAUAAGAAAUUUAGAUAAAGAGGCAAGUUCAUUAGUAGGUUAAAAUGGGAAAUAAGAUAUGCUUGAUAGUUUAGAUGAACUUGGAGGUGCUAAGUUAGCAUUUAAAUUAUUAUAAAUGUUAGUAUCUUCAUGGUUGGAUGAUGUAAUAGUAAAUAAAGAGUAAGUAUCAGAUGAACAUACUAUCAAUAUUAAUAUAUGGAUAUAUUCAGGUUAGAGUCCUCUUUAUGAUCCAUAUUUAGGUAAACUUUUAAAUAGACUUAAUUUCAAGUUUUUUAGUAUACUUACUACUAAAUUAAUGUAAUUAGGUGUUAAAAUAGUUAAAGCCUCUCCUACAAAAUUGUUACUUUAUACUGGUAAAUAAUAAAAAGAUAUGGCAAAAUCAUAAAUUGAUUACAUCAUAAAUACUUUUAAAUAAUCUAAUUUAUUUAAACAUGUAACAUUUAAAUAAUCUAAAUUCUUUACUUCUCUCAUUUAUAAAGAUAAACAUAAUUAUCUUGGAAAAGAAGUCGAUUAUGAAACUAACAAUGAUGGUGCUUAUGAUUAUAGAUUCAAAAUUGCUGACUUUUUACCACUUAUAUUAUAAAAACCUUUUAUUCAUUUAUUAUUUGAGAUAUUAUAAAAAAUAGAAGAAUUAAGAUAAAAUUAAAUUGAAGAAAUAGAAUUUUUACCUACUAAUUUAUAAAUUUUGAAAAUGAAAAAUUUAUAAAGUGAUAUUAUAAAUCUCUUAGUAUAAUUCAUAAAUAAUUCUUAUUCUUAAAGAUUAUAUGAUAUGAUAGCAGCAUAUUCUGAAAGUUACAAAAAAGAAAAAUAAAAUUAUGAGGAAUAUUUGUAAUUGGAAAAUUAAAAAAAUUUUGAAUAAUUGACAGUAAAAAUGAAAAGGUGUAUUAUUGAAGAUGAUGAAGAUUAAAUAGAAUAAGAAUAAGAAGAUUAUGAAGAAAAUUCUUUUGUUGUUGCAGAUGAUAAUUUAGAUGGAAGUUAAAAAGAAAUAGAAGCUGAAGAAGAAGAAGAAGAAGAAGGAAAUGUGAAAAAUUUUUUAAAAUUUUGGCAUCUAAAAAGUAGUCUAGGAGCAAAAAUAGAUUUAGAAAAGAAAGAUUAGUCUAUUUUAAGAACAUUUAUAUACAUAUGUGCAAUCCUUAGUGUAGAUGAAGAGGUACAUUAAUAAAUGAAAAGAGUUAAAAAUGUUUGUUGUAAGACUCUUAAAAUCUCUGAAUAUUCUAAAGAUGUAAAAAUUAUUAAUAUUUAUUUAGGCUGAUUUUGAAGAUCCUUGUUUUGAUCUGAUUUUAAAAAAUGUUCCAUGUUAUGAAUGUCAUUUGGUUACUGAAGUAAAUGUAUUUAAAGAUAUAUGGAAAUGUGAAGGAUGUAGUAGUGAUUAUGAUUUAGCCACUAUGGAAAAAUUAAUCUGUCAAUUCAUAGAAUAAUAAUUAUUAUUUUAUCAAAUUCAAGAUCUAUAUUGUCUCAAAUGUAAAUAAACUCAGGAUUAUUCAUUCUAAAAAAGGUAUCUAUAUCAAUUUACAUUUAGUUGCUAAUGUUCUGCUUAAUUUUCAUUAAAACUUGACUAAUUUGAAAAAUGCUUUAUUAAGACUCCUACAUAUUUUUUUGCUAGCUUAUUAUAAUUAGCCAUAGAAAAAAAUCUUAAUGGAUUAAAAACUUUGGUUUCUUCAAUAAAUCCAUGA